UAGUGGAUUUUUGUAUGACAUGUAUACCUAUAAAUCUAACAUGAUGGAUUUUUGUACUUAUAUAUCGAUCUGAAUAACUUUCAUGUGGAGUUUUAGGCAUGCAGUGGUACACACACACACACACACACACAAGUCAUGCAGCACACUCAUGAGGCAUAUCUUCACUGUCCUGUACACACACACACUAUAAACCUACACUGGAGUGUUUUAUUUUUAUGUUAUGCAUUUAACUCAUAUAUUUGAUGUAGUUAGGCCAAGUAUUAUUCACAUUAAUAUCAUAAUUAUCUUUUAUAAACUAUGCUAUUUGCUGUACUAAUGUGUGACCUUUGACCAUGUUGUGACCUAUUGUCAGAGGGUAAAGCAAAGGGUUAACCUAGGGGUGUCACUUUGGACCGGGCGUUCAGCCAGCGCCAGGUGUGAACUCUGGCCGGCAUUUGACCCUGCACCUGCUCCUGGGUGCGUGGGAAAGUUACUCAGCAGCAGGAGGUGGGACCACUGGUACCUUUAAAAGGGGGCCGGGGACAGCCCUCUGGGCUUUUUUCUGCUGUCUGUCCGUGGGGUCGGUCCCUACCUGCAUGCGCUUACUGCGAACACCCUAGGGGAGCUUUGCUUUUCCUUCUGUUUUGCUGAGCUACACUGUUCAAUAAAACAGCUGGCAUAGAACUUUGCUCCUCUCCUGUAAUUUUUGUGUUUUUGACUUUAAUUGAAAUUGGGAAGCUGAGAUCCACCUAUUGCUAAUUCGAAGAAUUACUCUCAAUUGUGGCAACCACAAUUUGGCGACCGGACGAAGGGACAAGGAGUUGGAGGCGUCAGCCGUGGACCUUGGGCGUUGUUGCCACUCUGCGCACCCAGAGAGCACCAAGCGGCCGCAUAAGAUAAGAUAUCACAGGCCUACAAGACGCCAUUUCCAGGGGUCAGCCGGUGGAAAGGAGAGAGAACGAAGGCCAUGUGAGGGAGGAGGACAGAGGAAUGCGGCUGCGGAGUGGAAAGAUGGUGCACAGAGCAAGCAGUCUGCCACAUGAUUUCCAAAGUCACAAGGAUUCGGAAGCAGCAUGGCUGGAGCAGGAGAGUGAUGAGGGGUAUGGAGCCCCUAUGUGCCCUAUCAUGAAGAAAGGAGGGGUCUCAACAUAUGUGCCGUGGUCAUUCAUGGACAUGGUGGGACUGGCUGAGAGACUGCCUGACCUUUCACAAGGGGCGGGCAAAUGGAUAACAGCACUCGAGGAAAGUACAGCUGGAGUGACCCUGGCCUUGGGAGAUAUUAAAGCCCUCCUAAUGAAGGUAGUCGGCAAGCACGCAACAGUAAACAUCUUUGAAAAUGCUAAACUGGGUCGAGUUUGCCAAAGCAAUCUGCUGGAUGAUGUAAAUAUGGGGAUGCAUCGUACUGUGUUGUGGGAGGCGCUGAGGAAACAAUAUCCUGAUGAUGGAGACCCCUCUAGUUUAGAGGGGGAGGUUUUGAAGGAUGAGGAGUGUCCCUCUAAGUGGCUGCAUGCUUUUCAGCGCAAAUGGAAGGAUGAGACGGGAAGCGCCUGGAAUGCCAAUAAAUCUACAGAGGCCUUAUUCAAAAGUAUGGUGAAAAAGGGAUUGCCUGCUCCAGUGCAGCAAAAAUUAGAGCAAGUGGUGGGCCUGAGUAAGAUGGACUGGCCACUGUUUGUGGAGCACAUAGUACAUCAUGUGAAUUAUCACAGAAAAGAGAAACAACGAGAGGAAGAGACCAAUAAACACCUGACUAAUAAAUUAACACAGCUACAGUUGGGAGAGCUGACAAAAAACAAAAAGGAGAAAACUAAAACACAGGCCCCGCUGAUAACCACACUAACUGAGACACAAGCCCCAGUGGUAGCAGCUACUCCAUCUCAGAACUAUGCCACGCCUCCCCCACAGGCUCAGACAGUUUUCCAGCCUGCUGCCUCAUCAGCACAUACACACAUCAGUAACUCUCCUGCUCAAACUGGGCCUGCCCUGCCUGCUAUACAUGUGUACGUGAAUCAGGGUGAAAACUCAUACCCACAGGGUCGUGGACGAGGCAGGGAGGCGAUGAGAGGAGGAUUGAUAAGGAGAGGACGAGGGAGAGGAGGACAAUUACCAACAUUUAGGCUCACCCAGCCUAACCCGCAGCAGAGCAAUGUGCCUAAAGGAGACAUCAUAUGUUGGAGCUGUGACCAACCUGGACAUUUGCAACGGGAUUGCCCUGUUAAUCCUUGGACGGGGCCCUCAGCAAACUGGUUAUAGGGGUGUCCAGAGGAGCCUGAAGGGGAGAUGGAGCUACCUGUGGUGUCAUUAAAUUCAUCAAAUGAGCCCAUCAUACCUGUAGAAAUACAGGGACACGAAUAUUCAUUUAUGGUGGACACAGGUGCGACCUAUUCAUGUAUUGGAACUGAAGGUGCUGGGCUCCCCCUCUCUACAGCAUCAGUUAAGACAGUAGGCUUCUCUGGAAAAACACAAGUGAUACCCCUCACCCAGCCAGUUCCAAUGAUGGUAUCAGGAAAAUCAAUUGUUGCACCUUUGUUGUAUUCAGCCGACACCCCAAUCAAUCUUAUGGGAAGAGAUAUUUUGUGCCCUUUAAAAGCAAAAAUAAUGUGCACCCCUGAUGGACUGUAUGUGGAUUUUCCACAGGAGGAAAUACAUAGAAUGAUGCCAACUCAAACUGAAAAAGAGGUUGAACGUCUGAUGCAGCCUCUAGUCUAUUGGCUGCAGCUAACACCUGAAGAAUCCAUGCUGAAGCAGGAAUGGACAAAGUGGAAAAUCUGGGUGCAGACACAGAUGGGUGAAGUGGAGGAAGUCCGGCUGCCGUUACAUUGCACAUUGCUCUUCGACGGAAAUCACCGCUUUAAGGAUUAUGAAGCCUGCUGGGAUGAACUGCUUAAUAAAAAGCCAUUUCUCAUAACUAGUGAAGACAUUUACAUUGGCCCACAAGGAGCGGCAGCAGCAGUAACCCUCCCUGAUGAAUUAAAAGACUGGUUUCAAGUGCAAAACUCUGUGCCGCAUAUCACUCUUUUGGUUGCUCGGGGACAUGAAUCUCAUGAGUUGGGGCCUAUGAUAAAGCAGGCUCUGCAGGUACCAGAAUGGGAGCCUACAGAGAAUAAAUUAAUUCAUCUAUCCAAAGAUAGACAGUUUGUCAGAAUCUCCAUGAAAAAUAGUGAUGAGAGUGUUGCAACUAAAGUAAUGCUAAAUGAAAGGCCUGUUACUUUAAUGCCUUUGUCAGCAGAACAUGAACACCUGCUGAAGCAGGUUCCUGCCCAGCUGUGGUCAACAAACAAAACUGAUGUGGGGAAAGUAAAGUCAGCUCAACCAGUAAAAGUAAAACUGAAGCCUGAAAUUAAGUUGCCAUACAUUAAGCAAUAUCCACUCAAGCCACAUGCCAUUGAAGGUAUCAAACCUAUAAUUGAGGGGUUGGAAAAGGCUGGUGUAUUAAUUAAAGCAACCAGCCCAUGUAACACACCUAUCUGUCCAAUUCAGAAGCCAAAUUCUAAAGAUUACAGAUUGGUGCAUGAUCUCAGAGCUAUUAACGCUAUAGUAGAAUCUGAAACACCAGUUGUUCCCGACCCCCACACAUUGCUUUCCAACAUCCCACCUGACACACGGUGGUAUACAGUAAUUGAUUUGUGUUCAGCUUUUUUCAGCAUUCCAUUGCACUCUGACUCUCAGUAUCUUUUUGCCUUCACAUACCAGAAUCAGCAGUAUGUAUACACACGUCUUCCACAAGGGUUCACUCAGAGCCCUAGUAUUUUUAAUCGGGUUUUAGCACAAGAUUUGCAACACUUAAGUGUCCCAGGUGUCAUUUUGCAGUACGCUGAUGAUCUGUUGAUCUGUAGUCCAACUAAGGAGCAGUGUGAGAGAGAUUCUAUUGCUGUCUUAUCUGUACUGGCGGAGGGAGGACACAAAGUGAGUAAAGAUAAAAUUCAGUUUUGCCAACAAUCAGUGGAAUAUUUAGGAAGACAGCUGAGAGGAGAGAAAAAACUAAUUGCUCCAUCUCAAAUAGAAGCUGUGGUCAAAGCCCCUAAACCGCAAACGGUGGGGCAAAUGCUUUCGUUUCUGGGCAUGGCGGGAUACAGUCGGCCUUGGAUUUGUGACUAUGCAUUUAAAACGGCUCCCCUGCGAGCCCUGAUAAGGGCUGCAGGACAAAAUAACUGUAAAUCUGAGCUGCAGUGGACGGAAGAAGCAUCUGCGGCCUUUGAGGCACUGAAGGGGGACAUGCAGUCUGCCCCAGCACUGGGUAAUCCAGAUUAUUCAAAACCUUUUCACCUGUAUGUAGCCAACAGAGGGAGCUAUGCUAAUGCUGUAUUGAUGCAAGAUACACCUAUAGGGAAGCAACCUUUAGCCUAUUACAGCACAAAGCUGGAUAACAUUGAGGCUGGCCUUCCACCCUGUUAUCAAGGGUUGGCAGCAGCAGCAUUUGCUUUUCAAAAAGCAGCCUCUUUAACUAUGGGUCAUCCUGUCAUCUUAUACACAUCACAUCAGCUGCAUGCGUUGCUCUCUAGCCCGAGAUUUGUUAUCACUCAGGCUAGGCGGACUGGAUAUGAGGUAAUUCUGUCCGCUCCAGAGUUAACUAUUCAAAGGUGUAAUACUGUCAAUCCAGCCUCUAGAAUGAUGCUACCUGAUGAGGGGAUUCCCCAUGAUUGUCUGCAACAAACUGAUAAAUUUAUGCGAGCACGAGAAGAUUUGUUUAAUGAACCUAUUACAGCGGAUUUAACAUUGUUUGUUGAUGGGUCCUGUUUCAGAGAUGAAAAGGGAUGCCAUGCGGGAUACGGCAUCGUUCAGCUUAAUCCUGCCAAUUCAGGUUUCACCACAUUGCAGACGCAGAAGGUUGAUCAGCCGUGUUCUGCUCAGUUAGCAGAAUUGAAGGCUUUGACUGCAGCCUGUAAGCUGGCAGCAGGUAAAAGACUGAAUGUCUACACUGAUUCAGCAUAUGCAUAUGGGGUGUGUCAUGUUAGUGCUAACAUCUGGAAACAAAGAGGUUUUCAAAGAGCUGAUGGCACACCAGUGAUACAUGGAGAAGCUGUAGCACAAUUAAUAGAAGCUUUGCAGCUUCCCAGUGCAGUGGCAGUAAUUAAAUGCCCUGCCCAUCAGAAGACAGACACCUUGAUUGCUAAAGGGAAUAAUUUAGCAGAUGAAGCAGCUAAGCAGGCAGCUACAGGAGACAAAAUGGCACCAUUGUUGUUACAGGAGUCACAGGAAGCACCCUUGGUGACACUGCAAUCACUUAUUGAGGCUCAGAGCGAGGUAGAUCCUCAAGAAAAAAGGUUAUGGGAAAGGAGAGGUGCAAUAAGAAGUACCAGCCCUCCACAUGAAGGGCUGUGGAGAAGCGAGCAGGGUCAGUUUGUCAUGCCAUCCUCCA